CCGCUCGCGCCUCCAUCCUCCGCGCCCCCUUCCUUCCACUCGCGCCGCCGCCGCUCGUCCCCGCGUCGGAGCCUGCUGUUUAGGAAAGUCGCGCUCAGAGUGCAACCAUGUGUGGCGUGGCGUGCGGUGCGGCGCAGGGAGGCCCGGCGACGAUGGCGGAGGACCGCAGCUGGAUGUACACGGGCCGCCAGAGCAGGGGAUCGAUCACCGCCGAGUGGGUCGAGAAGGCGACCGAGUUCGUAGAGCGGGCCUUCCGAGGUGUCCCUCCGGAGCGCGAGGCCUUCGCCGUGCGGUGCCCCUGCGCGCGGUGCCGCAACAUCCGGUCGAGGUCCAAGUACGACAUGCAGGUGCAUCUGGCCAGGGACGGGUUCGAGCCGGGGUACACGGUGUGGGUGUACCACGGCGAGGGAUACCGCCCCCGGCCUAAUAAGCCGUCCGGCGGCCAUCCUGAAAAGAAUGGCGGUCUUGACGGGAAGAAGGAUGCCGCCGACGCCGACGGUGGCGAGCAGGUGUCGCAGGGGACCAAGACGUGGGAGAUGCCCUUGCUUGAGGGAUAUGAAAGAAGCAAGCUACGGAAGGAGGAUCAAAUUGAGUGGAGUUACCAGAAAUACCUGGGGGAGCAAGAGAAAACCAAGCAGCAACAGCAACAGAGUGCACCAAAGACAAAGAGGCUGCACACCGCUGGUUCGUCCACUGCCCAGCUUGCUGAAGAUGAAGGGAACAAUGUCAGUGUCCUGGAUCCUGAACUUGAAGAUACAGCAACGCCAACAGCUGAUGGUCCUGUAGCUAAUCCGGCAACGACAGCCAGCGCGCAUGGAGUUCAAAUACCAGCUGGACCGACUGCUCGUCCCAAGCGCAAGGCAGGCACAGACUGGGUUCAUUGACCCGUGUAACGGCUACCUAGUUCUCAAAAGAAAUGUAACGGCUACCUACUUUAAAUAGCCUGCUUUAGCUGCUGAUGUACUUGGCGGAUAAGAAAUGGGCGGCUAAGGCCGAUGUAAGCACUAGCUGUGUGGGUGAAUUAAUCGGCUAGUUAAUCUUCUUCUAGAUCGAUUUAAUCUCUGCAAUUUCUAUU